CGCGGGCGCAGGCGCAGCGCGCGCAGCGGGCGGUCCCGGGGGCGCCGCCGCCGGGCCGGGCCGCGACAGGGGCGGCCGCAGCGGGCGAUGAGAUGACAACGCCCACCCUGCAGAAAGCCAUCGACCUGGUCACCAAAGCCACCGAGGAGGACAAGGCCAAGAACUACGAGGAGGCGCUGCGGCUGUACCAGCACGCCGUGGAGUACUUCCUGCACGCCAUCAAAUAUGAGGCUCACAGCGACAAGGCAAAGGAGAGCAUCCGAGCCAAGUGUGUGCAGUACCUGGACCGGGCAGAGAAGCUGAAGGAAUAUCUGCGCAGCAAGAGCAAGCAGGGCAAGAAGCCGGUCAAAGAGUCGCAAAAUGACAAGGGGAGCGACAGUGACAGCGAGGGAGAGAACCCUGAGAAGAAGAAGCUGCAGGAGCAGCUGAUGGGUGCCAUCAUGAUGGAGAAGCCCAACGUGCGGUGGAGUGACGUGGCCGGCCUGGAGGGAGCCAAGGAAGCUCUGAAGGAAGCUGUGAUUCUGCCCAUCAAGUUCCCCCACUUGUUUACUGGGAAGCGCACACCUUGGCGAGGGAUCCUGCUCUUUGGGCCCCCCGGCACGGGCAAGUCCUACUUGGCCAAGGCUGUGGCCACGGAGGCCAACAACUCCACUUUCUUCUCUGUUUCCUCCUCCGACCUGAUGUCCAAGUGGCUGGGAGAGAGCGAGAAGCUUGUGAAGAACCUCUUUGAGCUGGCACGGCAGCACAAACCCUCCAUCAUCUUCAUCGACGAGGUGGACUCGCUGUGUGGCUCCCGCAACGAGAACGAGAGCGAGGCGGCGCGGCGCAUCAAGACGGAAUUCCUGGUGCAGAUGCAGGGUGUGGGGAACAGCAGCGAUGGGAUCCUAGUGCUGGGAGCCACCAACAUCCCCUGGGUGCUGGACUCGGCCAUCAGGAGGAGGUUCGAGAAGCGGAUCUACAUCCCCCUGCCUGAGGAGGCAGCGCGGGCCCAGAUGUUCAAGCUGCACCUGGGGAACACCCCACACUCCCUGACAGAGGCCAACAUCCAUGAGCUGGCCCGGAAAACCGAUGGCUACUCUGGAGCUGACAUCAGCAUCAUCGUACGGGACGCCCUGAUGCAGCCCGUCCGCAAGGUCCAGUCAGCCACUCACUUCAAGAAGGUCCGUGGCCCCUCCCGCACCACCCCCGGUGCCCUGGUGGAUGAUCUCCUGACGCCGUGCUCGCCCGGAGACCCCGGCGCCAUCGAGAUGAGCUGGAUGGAGGUGCCUGGUGACAAGCUGAUGGAGCCCACUGUCUGCAUGUCGGACAUGUUGCGCUCUCUGGCCACCACCCGCCCCACAGUCAAUGCUGAGGAUCUGCUGAAGGUGAAGAAAUUCACGGAGGACUUUGGACAGGAAGGUUAAGGAGGUGGGGGUGGUUGGGUGUGGGGCUGGGGGGGCCACGCUGACAAGGCACUGUCACCCCCCCGGCCCCCACGCCGGCUGUGCCAAACGGGUUCAUCUUUGCUCACAUCUCACCCAUCGCACCGCAGGAGCACGGCCCGGGGGGACUGACACUAAGGGGGGGCCCCACGCAUGGCCUGGGCGGGCUGGAGCCCCCCCGCUGCCCCCCACUCUUCUUCUGGCUCUUUUUUAUUUUUUAACUUAAUGCUGCUUUGGGUUCUGUCUUGUUUAUAUGAAAAUAAAAACAAUCUAAAAGCUUC